AAUAUUAAAAAGGGAGAAUGUGUUGGUAAUAGACCAAUAAAAAUAUAUGCAUUCAUUAAAUACUUUGAUUGCAACAAUGUAAUUAUUGCCAUACUUAAAAUGAAUGGUGUAAAUAUAAAAGGUUGUCAUGUACGUUUGGGUUUUGGAAAAACAUAUCCAUCAAAAUGUGUUUGGAUCACCGGUCUUAAUGCAUCAGGAAAAAAUUAUAAUUUUCUGCUGACAUGUUUAGCUGAUUGUGGCAACAUUAUAAAUUUUUCGAUUGAUUAUAUAAAUAAACGCGCUUUAGUAUAUUAUGAAGAGAUUGCAAAUGCAGAAGCAGCUAUUAAUAAAAUGAAGAAUGGUCUUAUAAAUGGUUUAUAUUUGCGUGGUGAUUAUGCAUCUAUUGAGUGUCAAAUAAAAUUUGCUGAAUUCUUCAAGAAGCAAAAUAAUAAAAAAUAUUUAUCAAUAGACCUGGAUAAUGUUGACAUUCAAAAUACAUCAAUUUCUAACGUUAAUAAACAAAAGUCAGCAGUAAGUCAUUAUGGUGAGGCAGAUAAUACAUGUAUUGCUUCCAAGGAAUUUACAUCAGAAAUUACCUGUAUUUGGGUUAAUGGUAUUGCAGAUUCAGUCUCUAAUGAAUAUCUGGAAUCUCAUUUUAGUCAAUUUGGACCUACUCAUAAAUGUUUAAUUGACCGAUUUAACAAAUGUGCUUUGUUGUGUUUUCAAGAGGAAUUACAUGCGCAGUCAGCUGUUACUGCAACGAAUGGUAGCUAUAUAGAAGGUAAACCAGUUAAUGUUCGUUUAGCAUCUUUAAGGUGUCAAGCUUCUGAUGUAUCUACUAGAAAUAAUGAUAAUGUCACUAUUCAGAUAAAAGAUAACACGGCUCAAACAUCACCUUACAGUGCACGUCAUGUAGAUCUUUCUUGUAAAUGUACAAUCAAUGAUGAAACUUACCCAAUAAAUAUCAGUGAUCCACACAAUAAUUCAAUUAAUGUUAAUAAUGCUCAGUACACAUCACAGCAGAAAUAUUUAAAUACCUAUAAUAUUGACAUUCCUAAAUAUUCUUCAAAAACAAUUGAUAUCAAAAACAGUUCAAUUACAAUAAUAUUUAACGAGUAUCCACCGGAGAGACUCGAGCCUCCAACACAAUAUGCUGAUUCUGAUAUAUUAUCGCUACCAUUGCCCGAGUUUGCUAAGAAUAUUUCUAAGGAACGGACUAGCACUUCGUCAAGAUAUUCGCCAUCAUCUAGCGGUAAUCAAGAUACACAUACUUUUAAUGUACAUCAUGAUGAGAUGAUAAAUUAUGGCUUAGGGAAAACUGAUAACCAGAAUAAAAAGCAAGAUCAAAACAACAAUCAUCCACCAAAAUCUAAUUACAAGAUGUUAGAAUCUGCUGCUGAACUACAAAAUUUGUUUUUUGAAGAAGUUAAAAGGUUUCAAGAUUUUUCAAACAAACAUACUCCUAAAGAAUUCAUUCAAUCUCAAUCAAGUCCAAAAUUCAAAAACCAACAAUUAAGUUCAUUGUUAGGUACACUUUCUACUAGCGGUUCAUCAAAAUAUAGUCUAUGUCCAUCUGAAUCUGUUUUUCAAUCUCAAUAUAAUUCUCCAAGUGAUACUCAGCCAAAAAUAAUUCCACCAAAUAGUAAAACACCACUAUUAGACUCUCAAAUUCUGCGUUCUGAUCCUAAGUUAUUAAUUGACCCAAAAUGUGCUUCGGCUAUCGACGGAACAAUAUCCGAUAUAAAUGGAUUGUUUUUGACAAAAAAAAAUAAGUGUACAAUAAGUAAUAGAAUGCAUACAUCUGAUGCAAUAAAUACUGAUUUUGUUAACCCUAUACCUAAAGUUGCAGAUAGGAAUAAAACAUUAUUAGAAAUAGGUUAUAAAUUCGGGGAUGAGUAUCCUAAGGAUUGGGUGACCCCAAGUAACUUGUUAACUAAUAAUCCAAAUUAUAAUUGUGUUGAAAAACUUGACCAUUUGUGUUCUAGUGAAACUAGUAAAAAAGAAAAAGAAGGCCAAAAAAAGUUACAAAGUAAACCAAAAUCCUUGGAUGGAUUUGUUGCAAAAAAUUCUAUUGAAUUUGUCGUUCAACCAAACUUUGUUGAUGUAGAAAAAUCAACUAAUAUUGAUGAAGAGAAGAUAGAUAAUGAUAUAUGCGAAAAAAGUAAUUCGAAACGUUUUAUUAUCUUUGAAAACAAAUUACCAAAACAAGAUUAUACAUGAUGAAACCAAAGAUAAAAUA